UCAGAGGCGGUGAAAGUUAACUGAGGAGAAAUGGUUAAGCUAUGUCUACUCGGUUUUCAGCAAAUACAUCCGGUCUCACUUUUCCUGAAGAGGAUAUUAUAAAGAUUGGAAAUUUGCAAUAAAUCAUCAGUGCAUUCUUUUCUCAAAUUUUUCAGUCGUUUUUUCUAGAUAUAAAUUAUACAUGUAUAUUAAUCAAAAUUUCAGAAUGUUUCUGAGCUCCUGUGAGACUGAAAAGUUGGUUCAGAACAUCAAAACAAUGGAAAUAGAGGAUGCAGGAAGGGAAGGAUGGUUGGAACAAGCAGAAAUCCUCGAAAAAUUAGGAGUAGCAGCAGCUUUGGAGGCAAGUCAAGGCGGAGAGGAGCAGGUUAGCCGGCAGCUGGUUGAUGAAGGGCGUAUCCAGUAUCUAGUUCAACAGCUAGUUCUUUUAGAGACAUGGAGAAUAGAAAUUCUUCCUGCAAUACUCAAAUCUAAAAAUAUACAGACUUCGUUUCCAAUCUACUCAGCACUGUUCCAUGAAGCUAGUUGUUUAACACUGCUAGAAGCAGCAUUAUUUCAUAGGGAUGCAGUUGAAUCUUUGGAUGAUACAGGGACUGAUUUGUUAGACUAUUGUGUCAGAUGUGUCACUCAUCUAGCUUCCCUUAAUAUUCAUUGUACGCCGGAGGAGGAUAAUGAUGACCAUGAUCCUAAACCUAAACCAAACCCUGAUCCUAAAUCUGAUGAGGGUGAGCUGGAUGUAUACAACGAGGUUCUCCAGCAUAUCCGAGAUACAAGAAUAUCACUGGGGAUGAGAUCUCUAUCUGUUCUCAGGUAUUUAACUGACAACAUGGAGGUUGUUACUUUGGGAGUUCUUGCAAGACUAGUGACAACUCAUGAUGUCCCAGGACUUCUUGCCCAAACUAUUGAGGACCAACCAUGGAUUAAAGAUAAUCAAGUCUGGAGAGAGGGCCAAUGGACAAAUCAAAAGGAGGAAGCAGAUGUACUGCUUGAGAAGAUGGAAGCACAAUCUUGGAUUUGUCUCUAUAAUAUUCUCUCAACUAGAGAGGUAAUGGAAAAAUAUCAGCUGAAUAAUUUUAGGGUUGGAGUUCUCACCAAGUUACAGUCAAGAUUACAGGAUUAUGUGCUAGAUCAGCUACCAGUGUUGACCCACCUACAACGAUGGCUGGCUGAGCUGAAUAUAUCUCCACCACCCCCAGCAAAACCGGUUUUAUUAAUUGAGGUUAUCCCUAAGUUGAAAGAGGGGUUAUUUGAAAAGUACAGGGGUGAUUGGGAGAAGAUUGCCUGCAUUCAGAAGAGUAGAUUUAUAAACAGAGAAGAGGAAAUUAUGAAAAAACAUGCACUCAGGAUGGGAGAUACAUUUGAAUUUGAUGUAAUGGAGCGUAUACUGGAGGGACUGGAGGGGGGCAAGGAGAUGUCUCCAACUUGUAUUAUCUGUGGCAAACAGGGCAAUAACAGAUGUUCAAGGUGUAAAAAGCAAAACUAUUGCAGUAGAGAAUGUCAAAAAGAGCACUGGAAAACCCACAGAAAAAUUUGUAAAGAAAUAUCAUUUUAAUUUCUAGUUUUUUGAUAUUUGAAAUUUUAUUUGUAAUUCAUGUUUUAGUUCUUUAUACGUAGUUUCAUCUUGUAAAAGGUUUUUGUUGUACAGUUAAAAAAACAUAUUUUUUCUGGUUUGAUAGCAAGUUCCUUUAUUUGUUUAAUCUUACUUAGAUUUAAUAUUUAACAACAUUGUAUGUAAACGGUAAAAGACUGUUUUUUUUAUUCUGCAAAACGUUGUAUGAUGUUCUGUAACAAUUCUGCAAGAUACACAAUGAAGAGACACAACUGAACUGUAUUUGUAUACAAGAUUUUCUGUAAUUGUUAAGUAUAUGCAAUAAAAAACAUAAACA